GUACUAUUUUUUCUCCUCCCAUACCACGCCUAUAAUAAGGUGUGGCUACUUUAAACCACACCCAUAACAUUUGCAGCAUGGAAAAAAUGGCAGGAAACCCUGAUCUAGUCACUCCAUUUGGAGCAGGUCCCGUUACUUCUAGUGUAUCAUUAAAGACUCCAGCCUCAGAGUAUAAUGUUCAUGAUACAUUCAGAUAUGGUUUUAAAUCGGCUAAGUCUGAUCUGACUCCAUCUCAUCCACUUGAAGCAAGUGAAGCAAACUUUGCUGCUAAUCGUGAAGCUUUUGUAAUGCAGUCGCUGCGUAACAGUCAGGGACUACAUGCUCCUCUGAGGUUGGAAAUGGAGAGAAAGAUGGCUAGCAAAAUUCAGCGUAUUCCUCCAUUAGAGAGCAGCAUGAUUGCACUGGAGACAUUGCUGGGUCAAGAUGAGACCAUUUCUGUUGAAGAGCUGUUAGACAAUCCGUCUGAUUCUCCUGUGCUGGUCAAUGGACGUGCAGUAAUGGAAAAAAGACUUAAAAUGUUUUAACUUAAAGGAACAUUACAAUUGUUAUUAUUAAACUGACAAAAUCUAUUACUAAACUAACUCUAAAUACACACAUAGCUAACACAAAUAGUUUUGAGAUUUUUUCAGUCAUUGCCUUCAUUAAACUUCUUACCAAUUACAA